CCGGCGCUGCCGGGUGACGCGUUCGGCGGUACCCGCGCGUGCGCCCCGCCGGUUCGGUUCGCUCCGCACCGGUACCGCUGCUGUCCCGGGACCCAGCGGGGUCCUCCCCGGGCAGCCAUGGGCGGCAGGAUCGAGUGCGUGUUCUUCAGCGAGUUCCACCCCACGCUGGGACCCAAGAUCACCUAUCAGGUACCGGAGGAUUUCAUCUCCCGGGAGCUCUUUGACACCAUCCAGGUGUACGUGAUCACCAAGCCCGAGCUGCAGAACAAGCUGAUCACCGUCACGGCCAUGGAGAAGAAGCUGAUCGGGUGCCCCGUGUGUAUUGAGCACAAGAAGUACAGCAGGAACGCUCUGCUCUUCAACCUGGGCUUCGUCUGUGAUGCCAGAGCCAAGGCCUGUGCCCUGGAGCCCAUAGUGAAGAAGCUGGCUGGCUACCUCACCACCCUGGAGCUGGAAAGUGGCUUCAUCUCCAACGAGGAGAGUAAACAGAAGCUGGUUCCCAUCAUGACCAUCCUGCUGGAGGAGCUGAACGCCAAAGGGAAGUGCACCCUGCCCAUAGAUGAGUCCAACACCAUCCACCUGAAGGUGAUUGAGCAGCGCCCAGACCCCCCCAUCGUGCAGGAGUAUGAUGUCCCUGUCUUCACCCAGGACAAGGAUGACUUCUUCAACUCCCAGUGGGAUCUCACCACGCAGCAGAUCCUGCCCUACAUCGAUGGCUUUCGGCACGUCCAGAAGAUUUCAGCAGAAGCAGAUGUGGAGCUGAACCUGGUGCGCAUCGCAGUGCAGAACCUGCUGUACUAUGGGGUGGUCACGCUCGUCUCCAUUCUUCAGUACUCCAAUGUCUACUGCACCACACCGAAGGUGCAGGACCUGGUGGAUGACAAGUGUCUCCAGGAGGAGUGUCUGUCCUAUGUCACCAAACAAGGGCACAAGCGAGCCAGCCUCAGGGAUGUCUUCCAGCUGUACUGUGGGCUGAGCCCUGGCACGACAGUGCGAGAUCUCAUCUGCCGAUACACCCUGCAGCUCCAGAGGGUGGAUGAGAGGAGGCUCAUCCAGUUUGGGCUGAUGAAGGGCCUUAUCCGGCGGCUCCAGAAGUACCCUGUCAAGGUUGCCCGGGAUGAGAGGAGCCACCCAGCCCGGCUGUACACAGGCUGCCACAGCUACGAUGAGAUCUGCUGCAAGACUGGCAUGAGCUACAAGGAGCUGGAUGAGCGCCUGGAGAACGACCCCAACAUCAUCGUGUGCUGGAAGUGACGGGGGAAGGGCAGCCGGGGCCCGGGUGUCCCCGCGUGUCCCCCGCGCUGUGUCCCCUGUGCCUCCGGACCACCCCUUUUUUGCUCCUCCGGACCGCCAGGGGGCGCCAGAAGCUUCUCGGUGCCGGCAGGGGGCGGCAAAGGCGCCCCAUCGCUCCGUUGCUAUAGCGACGCCGCCGCCAUGGCCGACGCCGCCGGGUUGGCGACGUUGCUGCCCGCCGAGGCCGAGGCGAUGGUGCAGGCGCUGCAGGGCACCGAGCUGCGGGACGUCGGCGGGCAGGGGUGCGAGGGGGCGGUUUGUUAGGGUGCAGGGCCUGGGGGGAGGAGGGGACACAGUUCUGGGGCGUCCCCAGCAGGGUAAGCACAAAGAAGGGGCUCUAAGUUUGGGGUGUUCCCUUUGGAGGUGUGGGAGGAAGAGGAAGGACCUCUGUUUUAAGGUGAAUCCAAGGGGUCUGGAUGGGCGUAAGGAGGACUCCCCUGAUGGUCUUAGGGUAGAGAGGAGCAGUGUUCAUUUUAGGGCCCUCACAGUGUGUCUGUGAGACAGAAGAUGAGAAUAAAGAGGAGUCCCCUGAAGGUCUGGGGAAGAGAAGAAGGGCUGUGGUUUUGAUGUGACACCAGAUGGUCAUGGUGGAGUGGGGAGAAAGGAGGAGAUUCCCCACUUCUGGAGCCCUCCUGGAGGGGCUGAGAGAGAGAGGAAAGUCUGCACAAGGAAGGGCCCCAGUUCUGGGAUGUCCCCAGAGUGUUUGUGUGGGGAGGGGUAGUGGAGAGGAGACCCCCAGUUUCAGGGUAUCCCCAGUGGUGUGUCUCAUGGUGGGUGUUGCUGGGGGACAGUGGGGUUGGGGCUACCACAGGCAGAGCUGCUCUCCUGGGGAGCUCAGUCUCAGUUGACAGUAUGGGGUGUGGAGGUACCUGGCAGGCUUGGGGCAUUUCCUGGGAAUGGGAGCACUGGGAGCACCUCCAGGAGCAGAGUGGAGCCUAAAAGCCAGUGGCCAGAGGUCUCUGUCACUGAUGCCCAUGCUGGCUGCUCUGCAGAUGGCUUCGGCAGCAUGAGUAUGUGGAGAAGCUCAACAUGCAUUCCAUCCUGAGUGCCUCAGCAGGCCAGGAACAGUUCCUCAUCGAGCUGCUGGUCAGCUAUGCCAAGGUGAGCUCCUUGGGUGUGGGAGUGAUCCCUCUGCCAGCUUCAGCCUCAAACUGGGGGUGUCUUGUGGACACCUUGCAAUUCUGGAAUAAAAUGGUGAAGAAUCUGGUGUAUCUCUGGCAAAGUUGUUUUACUGGAGACUUACCAGUGUUGUUUUUUUAAAAAAUUAAAGGUUGAGCUGCUG